AUGUCUUUAGUUGCCCUGGUGGUAGCUGUUGAUUUGUCUUUUGGAAAGUAUUUAGUAAAAAAUAUUCUAGAUACAGCUGUAAAAUAUCAGGAAGCUGAUAAUUACUCUAAACAAAAUUCACAAGUAAUAGCUAGUAUAGCAGAUAGUAUUUUAAAUGUUAUAUCAGUAAGGCUAUUUUCUCACCAAGCACAUGAGAGACACAAUUUUUUUCAAAUAUGCAAGAAAAGAACUAUUGCAGAGAGAAAAUUACAAUGGGCAUACUUUUGUCUUUGGUUUAUAUAUGGCUAUUCAUUUGAUAUACUCCAAGCAGUAAACUUGUACUUUUUAAUUUAUGACUAUCAAUUGAACAAGAUCGCAAUAGGAGAUAUAGCUCUUGUACUUGGAAUUAAUAUAUCGAUUAUAGAGUUUCUUAACCAUCUAACUAGGAAUCUUACCCAAUUUUCUACUCAUUUCGGCAAAGUUUCAGAUGCAUUGCCAAUCUUAACUACCGUACCAGAAAUUCAAGAUAAGAAAAAUGCUAAAGAAUUAAAUUUAUUAAGUGGAAAAAUAACGUUUAAUAAUGUUUCUUUUUCUUAUGAAGGUCGGGAGUCAUUAUUUCAAGAUUUCUCAGUUACCAUUAAUCCUUGCGAAAAAGUAGGUCUAGUUGGUUGUUCUGGAGGUGGUAAAUCUACUUUUAUAAACUUAAUCCUAAGGCUAUUUGAUGUUAAAAAAGGUAAUAUACAGAUUGAUAAUCAAAUAGUAUCAGAAGUUACACAGAGUUCUUUGAGGCAACAAAUAUCUGUAAUACCUCAAGACCCAUUGUUAUUUCAUGAUACUAUUUUAGCAAACAUCAUAUAUGGUAGACUUCAAUCUACUAUCGAAGAAAUAAUGAGAGCUGCAAAGCUGGCUGGUAUUCACGAUUUCAUUAUGACUCUACCAGAUCAAUAUGGAACUACAGUCGGAGAAAAAGGCAUCAAGCUAUCUGGAGGAGAAAGACAAAGAAUAAUAAUAGCCAGGGCAUUUUUAAAAAACGCUCCAAUAUUAUUUCUCGAUGAACCAACUAGUCAGUUAGAUUCUAUAACAGAAAAAACAAUUCAAAUGAGUUUAUUCAAAUUGAUGAAAAAUAAAACUACGAUUACUAUAGCACACCGUAUUUCUACACUUUUACACAUGGACCGAAUUCUAGUAUUUAACAAAGGAAAAAUUGUCCAAGAUGGUAAACACGCUGAAUUAGUUUCUAAGCAAGGUCUUUACAAGGAACUUUGGAAUGCUCAAAUUGGUUGUUUGAAUGGCAAAAAAUAAGAUGGAAAAAAUUAUUGAUCUGAGAAGUGACACUACAACUCUGCAGAGCUCCAACGUUAUACAUGCAAUAAAUAAUGCAACUGUUGGAGAUUUUGCUUAUGGUGAAGACAAAAGCUGUAAUGACUUAUCAGAAUAUUGCAAACAAUUAUUCAAAGUAGAAGAAGCAUUAUUUGUAACCAGCGGUAUGCUUGCAAAUAGAUUAGCCAUUGCCAGUCAAACAAGUCCUGGUGAUGAACUAAUAACUCAUUAUAAUUACCACGUUAAUUUUUUCGAUAGCGCAGGCAAUGCAAAAGUAAAUAAUAUCGUAUUUAAUUGUAUUAGAAAUAAUAGCGGAAUCUUAGAUGUUGAUGAAGUAGAAUAUGCUAUUAAUUCUAAGCCGAGGUAUAAAAUUUUUGCUCAGGUGAGUCUUGUUUCUAUAGAAAAUAGUAUAAAUGGGUUUAAUGGUAAAAUUUAUCCUUUUGAAAAACAAGUCGAGUUAUAUCACUUUUUAAAAGCUCACAAUGUAAAUCUUCAUUUAGACGGUGCAAGAAUAUUUAAUGCUCAUGUCGAAACAAAUAUUGCUUUAGCAGAUUAUGCUAAAUAUGUGGAUACAAUGAGCUUUUCUUUUACCAAAGGACUUGGAGCUCCUUUUGGUUCAAUGCUUAUGGGUAAAAGAGAGAUAAUUGAAAGGGCUAAAAAGCUACAGGUUUGGCUAGGUAGUGGUUAUCAUCAGAUAGGGUAUUGUGCUAAUGCAGCAAAGUAUGUACUACAGAACAAUAUUUCUAGGCUUAAAGAAGACAAUAAACUCGCCAAACUGUUUGCAGACAAGAUUAAGGAAAUUCCACACAUAAAACUGGUACUACCUUAUCCAGAAACUAAUAUAGUAAGCUUUAGUAUAAAAGCACUAAAUGUAACUAAUGAGGUUUUCUUGAGUAAGUGCCAAGCUUAUGGUUUAUUGCUUUUUCCUUGGCUCGAGUCUCAUAUAAGAGCAGUUACCCAUCUUGGCACAAAGGAAACAGACAUCAUGAAAGCUGCUGAAAUUAUAAAGGAGGUUGUGUUAAAUUUAAUAUGAGAGUAAAAAUAGAUUUCUUUAGCGAUUCAAACACUGACCCUUCAGCUAAAAUGAGGGAAGCGAUGGCUAAAGCAAAAGUUGGAAACGAAGCUGCAUGUGAAGAUCCAACUGUGAACGAAUUAGUGGCAACCGCAUGUAAAAUAUUAGGUAAACCUGCAGGAAUCUUUUUGAUUUCAGGAACGAUGUCCAAUGUAAUUGCUUAUAAGUACACAUUCAAAGACCUGGUGAUUACUUGCUGCUUGAUGAAACUUCACAUCCACUCAUAGUACAAUCUGGCUUGAUCGCAGCCCAGGCACAUGCUACUCCUUUGCCCAUCAAAGGUACAAGAGGAAUAUUUACUGGAGAACAAAUUGUUGAGUUUAUUACUCGUCCUAGUUUAAGAAAUAUUCCGAGAGUUGGGCUUGUUUCUAUCGAACAAACGACAAAUUUUGGUGGUGGAGCUGUGUGGCCUUUAGAAUAUAUUCAAGAGAUCUCAAGUCUCUGCAAAGAGAAUGACGUAUUCACUCAUUUAGAUGGAGCAAGACUGUUCAACGCUUGUGCUCAUACUAAAAUAUCUCCAAAGGAGUAUGCAAGUUAUUUUGAUUCGGUAUUCAUUGAUUUUAGUAAAGGAUUAGGUGCUCCAAUGGGCGCAAUAUUGCUUGGAAGUGAAGAGUUUAUUGAAAAAGCUUGGUACUAUAAGUUUCAAAUUGGCGGAGGUAUGCACCAAGCUGGCAUUAUUUCAGCUGCAUGUUUAUAUGCUCUACAUAAUAAUGUAAAUUCUUUAGAAGAAGAUCAUAAAAAAAUGCAGCACCUUAUAGAAGGCCUAGACUCCAUAGAUCAAGUUAUAAUUGAUAUCGACCUGUAUAAAACUAAUAUAGCGUAUUUUUCAUUACGUACUAAUUGUAUAUCUACUCAAGAAUUAAUAAACGUACUAAUGACAAAUUAUGGAAUUAGAAAGGCUAACAUCAAAGGUAAAAUCAGAGCUAUAACACAUAGAGAUAUAAGCUAUGAAGAUAUUAAUAUUACUGUAUCUGCUAUAAGAAAGAUACUAAGUAAUUUUCUGCACUAAUUGUUUGCAAACUUCUUGUCAAACAAUAUUAUACCAAUAUAGUAUUAUGCUAGCAUCUACAUAGAGCUAUUUGGGAAUAGGUGUGAACUUUGUCUUCUUUCAAUAUUUACUGUUCUUCUGUGGAUAUAUGCUGCUUUAUUUAUCAAGACAAAGUAUACCAAUUGCUCUACCACUGUUAAUAGAUACUGACCAUGUAAAAUUAAGCUAUUUUUUUGCCUGCUUUUCUUUUUUUUAUGGAGUAUCAAAAUUCGUUAAUGGAAUAGUCAUGGACUCCAAAAAUAAUCCACUAUUUAUGUUUGGGCUAUGCAAUAUUGCAACUGGAUUAUUAACCAUUGGCAUAACUUUAUCAUAUAAUAAUCUAACUUUAUUACUGUUAACAUUUUGGAUUUCACGGGCCUAUAAAUCCCGGUCUUUUGAUAGGCUUGCGUGGGGAUAUAGAUCCAACACGUAGAGGCCCCUUGGAGAGCUUUAAUGUCAUGUAGAACGCCUGCUGGAACCCGUUCACAGGCGCAACAAUAGACACCCAUGAACCGGUCGCAGCAGGCAUUGGGACUAUUGUAGAAAAAGUGAACAGUAUUCCGGGCUAUGGAUUGAUGUUUGGGUGGACAAUGAGACUGGGCUAUUGUAAAAGAGGUCCGGACACCUGCCAUAACAAUGUUAACACCGUCAUCGAGGCAGGCGGUGACUCGCCGCUGACUAGAUGGGCCCCUGAAACUGCCGUCGCGAAGACGACCAGGAGCAACAUCGGUGUGAGCGGCUCAGGGGUGUCGAGAGGUGUGCGCCGCUUUCUACCCAGUGACUGUUAACAGCCACUGUGCCAACUCGCGUCUUAUGCAUCUUUCACUUCCACCCCUGGAGCAUAUAGCUCUAGCGACUCCUCUCUGGACGGCCAAUGAAGGCAAGCCAGAGCUGAGAGUCCUGCGGGUCCCCUUGGGGUCCACUCCGACCGACGAAGACACGCCGGAGACGGAGACCCUGACCGACUCUCGGGAGCACUCGGGUCCGUGGGGUCGUUACUCCCCAACAGCUCGCCACAA